AUGGAUGUGUGCGACCUAGCGUUUGUCUUACAUAGCCUACCAUCCAGGAUUGCCGAGUUCGUGACCAGGUCGAUCGACAACUCAUCGCACGGGGUGGACGUGCAGUCUGCUAUGCAAAAGCUGCAGCUUCGCGGUAAAAAAGAUCUACUACCCGGUAUGGAAGUUCGCUUGCUUCCACACCAGAUUAUAGGUGUUGCCUGGAUGCUGGACCAAGAACAUAGCAGCCCGCAUAAGGGAGGCAUUCUCGCUAUAUCUGACAGAAUGUCAGGUAAAACCGUGCAAAUGAUUGCGACCAUGGCGAUGAACCUCCCCGAUGAAGACGAAAGCAAUCGCAGCACACUCAUCGUCGUUCCAGCCGCGUUGCUUCUCCAGUGGAAAGAUGAGAUCACGAGCAAGACGAACGGGAUGUUCACUGUGCAUAUCCACCACGGCAGGGACAAGCUCAAAUCAACUUCAGCGAUCGCGCACAAGGACGUGAUUAUUGCAACGUAUCACACCCUAAACCACGACUUCGCGCUUCCAGCAGACAUCGAGGAAGGCGAGGAGAUGCGCUGGUUGAUGGAUAAUGGGGGUGUCCUGGCACGUACAAAGUGGUUCCGAGUCAUCCUGGAUGAAUCUCAGUUCAUUCGAAACAGAGCGACGCGGUCGAGCCAAGCAGUCGCAAUGCUCCGCUCGCGCUAUCGGUGGUGUUUGACAGGAACACCCAUCACGAAUACCCUGGCAGAUAUAUACGGCCUCCUGCGCUUUGGGCGCUUCCGGCCAUGGAAUGACUGGAAAGACUUCAAUGAGUACAUUGCGAAAGUCCAGUUGGAAGAUGCACCGCUUGCUGGCUUGCGUGCUCAGGAGGUCCUAAAGCCACUGAUGUUGAGACGUACGAAAAACGCGGAGAUCGAGGGCGAGCCUAUCCUUCAACUCCCUGAGAAGCACGUUGACCUCGUGGAGUUGGACUUCUCGGACGAAGAGCGUAAGCUGUACGACAACUUCGAGCGGCGUGCACAAAUUCAGAUCAGCAGGUUCAUCAGGGAUAACACUAUUGUCAUGAUCCUGCGCCUCCGUCAGCUGUGCUGUCAUCCAAACUUGAUACUGGGUCUUGCAGAAGAGUUUUCAGACCCAACGAUGCUUGUUGGCAGUAAUGCGGACAGAGAGUUGGCACGAGCCACCAAGCAAUAUGGUGGACGAUGGGUCACGGAGAUCAAGCAGAGGCGAGUAUUUAUGGCUCGCGCAAAAGUGAACUCACUAGACUUUGAUGACGAGUCGGACGAACCGGAGCCGACUUGUCCUGUCUGUGGAGAUUUGUUCAUGAACGACAGCGGGAGGUUGCUCGGGUGUGGACACGAGAUAUGUGCAGAGUGUCUCGACGUCCUGGCGACUUCCAACAUUGAACAUAACGGCGAAUUUGGGAACGCCGAUGAGCAAACGAAUCUUCGAGUUGAGAAGGAAUUCGAGGCAGCUGUAGCGAAGGGCCUCCGUCCAUGCCCGACUUGCAAGAAGAUGAUGGACUUGCGGCCCGCAAAUGUCUUCCGCUCCUCUGCAUUUGAGCCGUCAGACGAGGAGCUCCGAAGUGCAAAGCGUCGAGCGCAGAACGCGCGCCACCGGGCGGCUGGGCGCUCAGACGCAGAAACAUCUGUUCCCUGUCGCCAGCAGAUCGAGGAGAUCGUCGACCUGAGCUCUAGCUCGGAGGAGGACCUUCCUGACGUCUCGCAGCUCCUGUCCGCUGCAGCGUCGACUUCACCUAGCUCUCAAGCGAAAAGGAAGGAGAAAAGCAAGAAAACGGUGGACAAUACUGAAGGCAGCGACGCUGUAGAUGAUGAGAUCAUGGGCAAGAAACGGGCCCAGCAGAAUGGCAAUCCAAGAGCGACGCGCUCGGAUCCCGAGGGACCGUGGGAGAUGUCGGACGCGCUCAUCGCGACAUGGAAGCGGAGCGAUGACAAUAUGGAGCCGAGCACGAAGAUGCUGGCGCUCAUCGAAUGCCUCAAGGAGUGGGAGGCCUCGGGCGACAAGAUCAUCGUCUUUUCGCAGUGGACAUCGAUGCUAGAUUUGAUCGAGACACUGUUUUCGCGCUACGGCAUUCGCAGCCUGCGGUACGACGGCAAGAUGAGCCGCGGGGCGCGCGAGGAGGUCUUGAUGCAGUUCAGGAAGCCGGGUGGGCUGAAGGUCGCUUUGAUCAGCACGAAGUGUGGUGGGGUCGGUUUGAACCUCGUCUCAGCUAACCGCAUCGUGAACAUGGAUCUUGGGUGGAACUAUGCCUCCGAGUCGCAGGCGUACGAUCGCGUCCAUCGGCUUGGCCAGGACAAGGAGGUAUUUGUGAAGCGCCUUGUCGUGCGCGACACAAUUGAGCAGCGGAUGCUCAAGCUGCAGGAGACAAAAGUCGGCCUCGCGGAAGCCGCGCUCGGCGAGGGGACAGGUAUCAAGUUGCACAAGCUGAGCGUCAAAGAGCUCAAAGACGUAUGUUACUCAUCAUUUGCUGCGUCUUGCGGUGCCGACCUGAUGUUCCAAUAG